AUGUCUUGAGCACAUUUUAGAAGUGUAGCAGCUAAUAUGCAGGCGGUGAACUUCCGCAAUCAACUGUGCCAUAGCUAAUUAAAUAACGUGGUUUGUGGUGUGUCUGAGAAGUAUACAGGGGCCAGUGUUUCUUACUCUUCAAGUAGUUUUUUGAAAAAACAAAUUUCACGAGCAGGGUUUGAACCUGCGGGUUUUUCUUUCUCGGGAGCGCAGCCAUUACGUCGUGAUCAAAGAACUAUCCACAUUUUAUUACAAUUUCAAAAUGGAUCAUGCGAGAACAGCUAUUUCUAGUUUGCUUGGAUUUGAGCCAAAGUCAUAUACACGUUUCAGUCUAACGCGGCGAACUGAUGGGGAUGGCAGCAGAGUCGAAAUGAAAUUAGCAGAAAAUGAGAAUGAUGAGGAGAUGGGAGAUGUGAUGGCAGAUGGUAUGGAGAGUCAUGUCGAGAAACCUCACAAUAACUGUAAGCCCUUGUGCUGUUUGAUGACUGCUGUGUUGCUUGUUCUAAUAGGAUUUCUAGUUGGUUAUCUGGCAUUUCGUGGUCAAACACCAGGGAAGUCUGCUUCUUUGCCAGAACAAACCACAGAAGCAAGUUACACAGAGGAGGAUGAGGACGAUUUUGAUGCUGCAAGUGAGGCAAAAACAUCACUCACUUUCUCUGAUAUCAAGAAAAUGCUGAAGGAAAACUUGGACUCUUCACAGUUUCUGCCUGAUGUUAACAAAGUUUCUGAGAUGAACAGCCGUGAAACUGGAUCUGUUGGGGAUCUGACUGUCACUCGGUACAUCCGUCAAGAGUUUCUGAAGAACUUGGACAAGCGCGAUGUCUGGUCCGACACUCAUUACGUAACGCUGCAGGUUAACGGUAAAUCUCCAAAUAGAGUCUGGAUCGUUGGUAGUGGAAAUGCUGAAGAGGUACAGUUAGGACAGCGAAACUCAAAGGUCUUCUGCCCAUACAGUGCAACUGGUAACUUCACGGGAAAACUAGUUUACGCCAACUAUGGAACUGAAGAUGAUUUUAACCUUUUGACCAGCAUGAGUGUGACCGUCAAUGGUAGUGUUGUUAUUGUUCGUGCAGGAAAGAUCAAUUUUGCUGAGAAGGUUGUUAAUGCUGAGAACAUGAAAGCUGGAGGUGUUCUAAUCUAUCCUGAUCCUGAAGAUUAUAAACUGGAUCCUGAUGUAGCUAUGUUUGGACAUGUUCAUAUGGGCUUGGGUGAUCCACGGUCUCCUGGAUUUCCAUCCUUCAAUCACACACAGUUCCCCCCAACUAAAUCAUCAGGACUUCCUGGAAUCUUAGUUCACUCAAUUAGUGGAAAUGCAGCUGCUUCUCUUCUCCGUAAAUUGGGUGGUGUACCAGUUCCAACCAGUUGGAAGAGCAAGGCAACCAAAGUUGGGCCUGGAUUUGCCAAUGAUAAAGAACAAGUAAUGAUGGAAGUGAAUAAUGUUGAAGAAGUGAGAGAAAUGCAUAAUGUCUUUGGUGUUGUUAAGGGUUUCGAAGAAUCAGAUCAUUAUGUUGUAAUUGGCGCUCAGCGUGAUGCCUAUGGCCCUGGUGCAGCAGAGUCUGGAGUGGGAACUGCUUUGCUAUUGGAGCUGUCUAGAAUCUUUCCGAGGAUGGUUGAAGAUGGUUUCAGACCCAGAAGAAGUAUUAUCUUUGCAAGCUGGAGUGGUGGCAGUUUUGGAGCAAUUGGAGCAACAGAAUGGCUGGAGGGAUACAUGUCUGUGUUGCAUUUGAAAGUGUGUGCCUACUUUAGUCUUGACAGAGCUAUAUUGGGAGGUGCAAGUUUUAAAAUGUUUGGCAGUUCCAUGUUGCAUAAUCUAAUUCGAGAAACAGUUUCACUGGUAAAAAGUCCUUUAUCGCCAGAUAAAUCUAUCUACAAAGUGGCUGAAGCAGGUGCUGGUGACUGGCUGAAGGCAGUUUUGCAACCAAUUCCGAUGGAUACCAGUGUUUAUGCGUUCUUGGCAAUUGGUGGGAUUCCGGCUAUUGGACUCAGUUUUACCAAGGAUGAAAAUUACCCAUACAACACAGAAGAGGACACCAUGAAUACUCUCUCCAAGUUUACUGAUGAUAAGUCAGAGCCUGUAGCCCGUGCCAUGGCAGAAGUCAUUGGGAUUGCUGUGAUUAAGAUAGUCUAUCACCACCAACUUCCUCUCGAUUACCAGAAGUAUGCUAGUGAUUUGUCUGAGUAUAUUAUUAACAUUCAAAGCUAUGCAUCAGAAUUGCAGGAGCGUGGACUGACUAUGAAAUGGCUGUUUUCAGCUCGUGGUGACUUCUACAGAGCUGCCAAUACUCUACGUUCUCAGAUUGAAAGUUCUGAUAUGAAUGAUGUGUUGCUCUGUCGGACCUACAACAAUCGAAUUAUGAGGGUGGAGUACAAUUUCCUUUCACCAUAUGUGUCUAUAAAUAAUUGUCCAUAUAGACACCUGCUGUACGGCCAAGGAAACCACACCCUUGCUGGUAUUGUCGAGCAGCUGAAACUUUUGAGGGUGAAUCCUGAACUCGUUGAUUUCAAUACGACUCGUAAUGACUUGGCUUAUGCGACUUGGACCAUCCAGGGAGCAGCCAAUGCACUAAGUGGAGAAGUGUGGACCAGCAGCAAUAACUUCUGAUCGUGUCUGUUAUGCAACCCUUCACCUGGUUUGUCGACAAGCAUCACUUUUAGUUUCAAAAUGCUGAGAUAUAUUAACCUUCACACUUGUCACUUAGGUUCUGCUAUUCAGAUAUGGGAUUAAUUUAUAUUGCCUCUAAAUCAUGUACGGCAUCUGUUUUGUAAAGUGCAAACCUUUUUCUGUUGUACAAAAUCGGAAACACAAAAUUGCUUACCAGCAUGAACUUGCAGAUGUGUAUUCAGAUGCCUUAAAAGAACAGACACUCUACUCCAAUAGUGCAAGUGUGGAGGAAGUGGUGAUAUCUCAGCAGUAUUUGUUAUCUAUAAUCUUUUGCAUUCUGUGAUGCUGCCACUUAAGCUGUUUAUACAUUAGCCUUAGUGUACUUGGUUUGCUUGUUCGCAGUGAACAGAACUUGUGCGUCUGGCGGCAGUCCCCUUGUCAACAAAAACUACAGUCCAGGUUUGUGCUUUGUUUUAAAACAGCAAUGGGGGAGGACUGGUUUUCACCAGGUCUUCCUGGCAGCUAGUCUCAGCAAAUUAACUAAUUUGUUUGGAUUUAGCACUUGUUGAAGUUAACUGCACAUUGUAAAUCUAUUUCAAGUACCACAUUAGACCAAUGUAGAAGCAGCUGUGAAACAUGCUUUUAUAGAUGACUGAUCUGUUGUUCUUGCAUUGUUUCAUGGUGAGCAAAGGAGUAUUUUAAAACUCUGGAACAUUUUAAAUUGAACUGAAUGUGUGUGGGGAAGCAGGUGAUGUUAAGUAAGUAGUCACCGUAGUCCCAGAGCACCCAUACGACUGCUGUCUGAUUAAAGAAACAGCUUGUGGUGAGUUUAACCUGAGAGUCAACAGGGCUGAGUUUGAAAAUUUAGGACCUUCAUGGUGACACAGCCAGUAUGAGAAUUGAACCCAUGCUGUUAGUGUCAUUCUGCAUCACAAACCAGCUGUCUAGCCACUAAUUGAUCAUAGCGUUUAUUUUUGAUUUCACAUCAUUUAACAUAAAAUAUGUGCAUCUUGGAUAUGAAAAGUACUGUAAUGAGACAAACUGAGUUGAGAGAUUAUGGCUUUUUGAACGCUAUAUUGCAAUUUAAUAAGCCUGUUUAUCUUUCCCUUCCCCCAAUGCCUCUCAACAUCCCCCCCAAAAAAAAAGUAAUUGCACCUAAAGUCAUUAAGUGCAAGAUGCUGAUGAAGCUGUUGAGGUUCCACUAAGCUUUUCCUCCUAAGACAUUUUGUGAUGGUUUAAGCUCCUCGGGCAUUCUGUGGGGAGCAAGGACCUUUAUAUCUUCAAACCUCUCUGCAUUUUGAAAUAUAACAAUAACACUCCUUGGAGUAGCAGAGCAUAGAAGCUGCUGGAAAUAUAUAAGGAAACAAACAGUGUGGUAGAUUCAGCCUAGUAAAAAGAAAAGGCAAAGUUUCUGUAUUUAUGCUGGUUUCUAAAUGGAGAGUUUUUCAAAAUUAAAUUUAAUUAAGCCAAAUCAUUUGAAAUGAUCUGGGAAGUAGAGUGAGCAAUGGGCUGAUUUAAACUUUUUGCUAUUGCAAAUUAUUCAGUGGCAUCAGUGACAAUCUUAAUAUAAAGUAAACCUUGUUAACUUGUAGCAACAGUCCUUCCAUCACACUAAAUACUAGUGAUUACACUUGAGAAAAUUAACAGGCAUAAAGCAAAGUUAGUGUAGCUGAAAGGAUGUAACUUUAAGUUUGGUAGACAAAUUAGUCUUUGUGCCUUGAGACAGCAAAAUUUUGUUUUGAAACAAAAUGCAUACAAUUAAUCUCCAAUUUACUCACUGGGCUUGAAGAGGUCUUUAACUUGGUUUAAUGAACUAUAGUGUCAGUGCUAGUCUGAAGUGAAGGAAGAUAGAUAAUUUUAAAGAAUUCAUUGCAUUUCUUUCUGAAUCACGGCAUUACUAUGUCGCCUCUCUACAAACUGGAAACAAAAAUGAAGGCAAUGAUCAAUUGUUCAAUUGCCUUCUCUUACUUUGAACUUCUAUUCCUUGAAGAGACAGGAGUUUUACAAAAUCUAUGUAAUAGUAGAUUCUUGUUUUCUGAAUCCAUUGUAUUUUUAAAGUAGGGUGUCUGUAUUUUUGCCAUUUCUCACUCCACAUUAGGUUGUUUGAGUCGGAUAAUUAUGUUGUGUCAAAACAUGUCCCACAGACCCAAGUAUUUUAACUCUGUCUUUAAACUAUGAUCAAAAAUAGAUGGUACAGGAAUUGUAUAGCUUGCGUUUGUUUUGGAAACUUUCUUUUUUCACACUUCAGUUUUAUUCAGUUGUUUGGAAAUUGUUUGAUGUACUUAGCAGCAAUGCACUAGCAGCCCUUCUAAGUAAGUCAUUACGAUUAUCUAAACUUCAGUUUAUAAGAGAAUCCUUUGCUCAUCAUCUUUUUGUGUUAACUGAAUUUAAAACAUGCUUGUGCUCUGAAAGAUGGCUUGUUGAAUGGCAUGUCCCUUGAUAAAAUGGAGACUGUUUUGUUAUUCUCAAAAUAAUUUGGGUCACUUAUUGUGCAAAGAACAAAACUCUACUUUUGAGUAGGGGAUAAUUUGUCAAAUCACAAGCUGCCUUAAAGAGCUUAAAAUUUAAUCAAAACAGUUUAUCACUUGAUAAUCUUUUGAACUUUACUGUGUAGGGGCUCGCGAAUACAUUCACAGCCCAUAACUAGUGCACAAACAGAAACGUCAUACUUGGCUUAGUCGUCUUAAACCAUUUAACACCCAGGUCAAGUACUUUACUGCUGCCUGCCUAUUAAUCUAGAAUAUUGGCUAAAGUGACAGGGCUAGGUGCUUACAAUUGAUCAUUUUGCUUUAAAAAUGAAGCAUCUAAAUUAUCUGGUAAGAAACUUCUGGGCAUGGUGAAAUUGCAAUUGAAUUUGCUAUAUUUAACCACCAAUGGUUUCGUUUUACACUUACUAUAUAUGCUUGUCACUUAAGAUAAGCGUCUGUCAAGCCCAGUUAUCACGUCACUACUGUUUUCACCAAUCAACACUGAAAUAUUUAUUUUUUUUUAUUUAUCAGUGACAGAGUUCACUAUAAAUAGUUUUAUCUUUUUAAAAUAAGAUAAUUAUCGGAAGCAGUGCCUUCCAUAAUUAUGACGGUUAUACUGUCGACAAUCAGAAAGCAGCAUCUGCUACUAAGAAAUGAAAGCCUAUGACAUUUCUACAAGAAUACAACCUCAUUAUCGGGAGCAGUGUCUUCCAUAAUGCCAUGAAAUAAGGUAGUUUUUGCCUACCAAGGUGUAUAUCGGAAGCAGUGCCUUCCAUAUGUUUCACCCAAGGUGUAUAAAAAUUAUCGGGAACAGGGAUUCCCAUAAUUUAACUGUUAUAUCUGCUUAUCGGUGGGGCUAAUUGUGUGCUUAUGAUCAACUGCUAUCAUGUUUUAUUUGCUUAUGUGUAUUGUAGCUUAAUUAGUUUGUGAUUUUUUUUUUGUAAGGACCUUGUGUGCCUUGUGUUGAUAUGUAUUCACAGAUGCUUUAAAACUUUGUGUUCCUUUUUAAUUGUUACUUGGGUAUAUGGAGCAGGAAGGUGAAAUCCGGGGGGCAGUAGUAGUCAAAGCAGAUAGUAAGUUGCAUGUCCUUUUCAUCCAGUGUGGAAUUGUAUUUUUUAAUAGAAAUUGCUGUUGAGACUUGCUGAUCCUUUUCUGAAGCUUUUCACUUUUAAUUGGUAGAUAUUGGCCAAUGAUGUGUACUGUUCCUACCAAAGCUUCUCAUUGUAAGGAGCUCCUGGUGCCUACGUGGAGUAAUGGCUCAGUUCCAUGCUUUUCUAGUUAACACAUUAACGUUUUUGGAGUGAAGUAACUGGAGUUUCUUAUUCACUUAGUUCCAAACUUUCAAUGGAAGUUUUGGACUGAACCUCCAUGCUCUAGAAGGCUUUUGAAACCAGAUGACCUGAAAUUCAGUUAACAGACCUAAUUCAGCUUGCAGUUGGAACUUUGAAGUGCAUCUGUCUCUGGGAUUCUUCUGACUGCUCCUACUUAGCCCAUGAUCAGGGCCCCAAUAGGUCAAUCCUAAAAGUUUUUACAUUGAAUCUGUGUGCUGGUAGACAACAGCAUGACUUUAGAGGCUUAAAAUUCAUUAUCAUCAUCCCUUAUAUGUGGAUUCUGUAGUGUUUGGCUUUGAUAAUCCGCUCCUAAGCACUUUGGCUUUAGUAAGUAGGUUUUGUUCCUAUGUGUGGCAUCGUAAUCUGAUAGUGUGUGCACUCCAUCAUUGAGUGGCAGCACUAUUGCACUUUCCUCAGGGCAAAGAGAGCAAAAAAGCCUAGAGCCAGUGUGUCUCAAAUUCUCAUGGAAGAACAGCAGUCUGUUCACUGAAAAGAAUAAAGUUCUUCAUGUUAAUAUGUCUUUAAUCAAUAUUCAUUGCUUUCCCAGUUAGUGCUACAAUUACUCAAAUUUUGUUCUGAAUAUAUUCUGAGCAUGAACUGGGCUAUUGUAAAAUACUGUUCUGGGUUACCAGGAUGAGAAUGACAGCAUUCAGUUUGUACAGAUCUAUUUAAGCCCAGGUUCAAUGGAAAAGAUGUGAUGCUUCAGUUCUUAAAAUUUACUGUAAUUGUUUUUUGAAAGAAAAAUUGAUCAAGCUGACCAGAAUAUGGUGUGAACAAUUCCAGGAAAUGUACUGUAAUUUCAUCGAUUAUAGAGAAAAUCUUUAUCUGUAAUAUCUGUGGCAGUUCUCUGGUUUUCAUUUAUCUUUGUGUUCUCACUGCUCCCCCAAAAAUUCAGAUCAUCCCGGGUUAUUUCAGGGAUUAUUUCCCAGGCACUCGGUGCUUUUGGUUAUUCUGUUUGGGCUGCUUUUCCACUGAAUCACUUGUUGCCAUUUGUACAGGGCUUUAAUUAUUUUGCUCUUUUUGCUGCUGCAAAAUAUUCUGCAAACUGUCAGUUGUCUUGUUCUUUUGUUAAGUAUGGCACUUGUCUAUAGUUUCAGGCAGUAAUAAUUGUAUUAUUUCGUAAAUUGUUCUAAAACUUUAGUUACAAAAAAUUGAUUUGUUUGGCUGUCUUGCAUAUGUGCUUCAA